CUGCGUUCAGACCAUCCUAUGCCCGUAAAACUACAAGUACUCCACACUAAGAUCUCAUACAUAAUUCAUCAAAUCCUCCAUCAAGAUGUCGAACCGCUACGAAAGAGAAGCCGAAGACCGCUACGAGGCUGACAAUGACACCUCUCCGGUUUCGGGAACUGUCUACGACAAUUCCUAUGCCCAUGAGACCCAGUCGGGUCUGAGGAAUCAGAUUCCAGUUCAGAAAGACGAGGAUCGCUAUGACGAUCCCAUGCAGCCUCCCUAUUCCAACUCGGACCAACAGCUUGCCCAAGAUGAGGACGAGGCUAUCGAUCAGUCCAACGUCCUGCAGGGAAGCCGCCUGCGUCAUGCGAAGCCAUCGACAAGAAACGCCUACAACGAAGGUCCGGAUGAGGACGACUUGCCUGAAGAAGUGCUCUACGGCAACUCCGGUGUGUCCAGCACUGGUGGCGUGCUUUGAAAACAUCCAUCACGAUGGUGGAUUGAUGCGCAACGUGGAAUGACUCGUACAUGAGUUUAUUAUUGUUCAGUGACGAAUUGCUAUUAUAGUGUUGAUGUGUAAUUAUGUACUGUACACGAAUUGAAUGUGGACGACCUGCCUAGCCAAUUCUGCGGCACGA